UUCUUCUGCGCAGUAGCUGGCGCUGACAAACUGCCUCCGAGCGAGAGAGGGAGAGAGAGUUAAAGCCAUUCAGUUGAUAAGACGUCAACAAUGUAACUCUCGUUGUGCAGCCGCAGCCACAGAUUCCGGCACAACGCGACGAUUUCCCGCAGAUGAAUCGCGUGUCAUCGGACCAGUUUGUGGCCAGUUAGCUUCAAGUUAGCUGAAGUUAGAACACCGACAAGAUAGACGGCUGAAGUUCCUCCCGGGAGUGAAUGGGUUAGUUUAUGUAACGUGAGCAGGUCAGCCAGCUGACGGCUACAAGGGAAAUAACACCGUUUACAGAUGGAUAUCCGCCAUAAAAUCAUUUGUUUAUUUAGGGCUGCGCCGUGAGGUCUUGACGUGUCCGUUAGCUGUCAAACUCUUGCUCGUCCCAGCGGCCUAGCUAGCAAGCUAGCUGUCUGCACGCCUGGCUCAUCUUCCAAAGUUUGGUGUUGUUGAUGGCCUCCCUGUCAGCCAUGGACGCCGUGACUGACGCUCGCCCUGCGGUGCACCACAAUGGGACUGCCCAUCGGGAACCUCAAAACACGAGGCCCGCCGCCGCCGCUGCUCUGAAGCUUCAUUUCUACCACAGCAGCCAAACGACGGCAGACGGCGGCUUCCUCAGCUACCCACCGGGCGACUACGUGGCCGAGGAGCUGUGCAUAGAUGCAGCCAAGGCAUGCAGUGUAUCACCAGUGUACUGCAACCUUUUCGGUCUCUUCCGAGAGCGAGACAGCUUGUGGUUUCCACCCAACCACAUCUUCCAGCUGGAUGAACUGGCCUCUGAAGAUGUGUUUUUCAGAAUAAGGUACUACUUCCCUGGCUGGUACAGCGGCGGGCCGUCCAGAGCGUAUCGAUACGGCGUUUCCAAGGAGACCGAAAGCCCCGUCCUGGACGACUUUGUAAUGUCGUACCUCUUCUCUCAGUGGAGGAAUGACUUUGUGAACGGCUUCGUGAAGAUACCAAACACCCAUGAGGCUCAGGAGGAGUGCCUCGGGAUGGCUGUUCUCGAUAUGACGCGAGCUGCCAAGGAGAGACAGACGUCCCCGCUGGACAUCUACCGCACAAUCAGCUACAAGUCCUUCUUGCCAAAGGAGAUGAGCGCUCAGAUCCAGGACUGCAACAUCUUGACGCGCAAGCGAAUCCGCUUCCGCUUCAAGCGCUUCAUCGAGCAGUUCAGUCAGUGUCGGACCACGGCGCGCGAUCUCAAGCUCAAGUACCUCAUCAGCAUGGAGUCCCUGGAGAAGUCCUUCUACACCGAGACCUUCACGGUCAAGGAGCCGUCCAGUGGACCGCUCAUCAUCCUGGUGGCAGCGGACAGCGGCAUCCAGUGGUGUCGAGAGAAGCUGAAAGAUUCCGACCAGGAGCUGCAGACCCUGUGUGACUUCCCCGAUGUCACCGACAUCAGCAUCAAACAGGCCGGCAAGGAGGGUGCUGUCGAGAGUCGGGUGGUGACCAUCAACAAACAAGAUGGCAAGAAUCUGGAGUUGGAGUUCCUCAGCCUGUCUGAAGCCCUCUCCUUCGUGGCCCUCAUCGACGGCUACUAUCGGCUCACUACGGACGCACAUCACUACCUCUGCAAAGAAGUGGCUCCUCCCAGACUGGUGGCGAGCACCGCUUCCCAUUGCCAUGGCCCCAUCUCAAUGCAAAUAGCCAUAAAUCGGCUUCAGAGGCGUGGAAACAAACAAGGAUUGUACAUUUUGAGAUGCAGCCCCAAAGACUUCAACAAGUAUUUUCUGACUUUCCCUGUUGAGGUGUACGACACGGUAGAAUACAAGCACUGCCAGGUAACCCGGUCACCCGUUGGGGAGUUUAACCUCAGUGGAACCAAAAGGAACUUCGGCAGCUUGCAGGAGCUGCUCAGCUGCUACCAGAAGGAAACGGUGCGCUCCGACAGCUUCGUUUUCCAAUUCAGCAAGUGCUGUCCACCGAGCUCCAAAGAGAAGUCCUGCCUCCUCGUGUGUCGGAGCAACAAGGGCUCUGACGUGCCGCUCUCUCCAUCUCUACAUCGACACAACAUCAGUCAGAUGGUGUUUCACAAGAUCAGGAAAGAAGAUCUAGAGUUUAUGGAGAGUCUCGGCCAAGGGACGUUUACCAAGAUCUUUAAAGGGGUGCGCAAGGAGCUGGGGGAUUAUGGACUCGUACACCAAACAGAAGUCGUCAUGAAAGUCCUGGACCGAGCCCACAGGAACUAUUCUGAGUCUUUCUUUGAAGCUGCCAGCAUGAUGAGCCAGUUGUCCCAUAAGCAUCUGAUACUGAACUACGGCGUGUGUGUUUGUGGUGAAGAAAACAUCAUGGUGCAGGAGUAUGUGAAGUUUGGUUCGCUGGACACCUACCUGAAGAAGAACAAGAACUCCAUAAACCUCCUGUGGAAGCUGGAGGUGGCGAAGCAGCUGGCCUGGGCCAUGAACUUCCUGGAGGAAAAGCACCUGGUCCACGGCAAUGUGUGUGCGAAAAACAUUCUUUUGAUCAGAGAAGAAGACCGGCGGGCUGGGAACCCCCCCUUCAUCAAACUGAGUGACCCCGGCAUCGACAUCACUGUCCUUCCCAAAGAAAUCCUGAUUGAGAGGAUCCCUUGGAUUUCCCCCGAGUGUGUCGAGGACCCCGCCCACCCGAGCCUGGCUGCAGACAAGUGGAGCUUUGGCACCACGCUGUGGGAGAUCUGCAGCGGGGGGGAGAAACCUUUAGCAACACUGGAUAACUCUAAGAAAUCUCUGUUCUACGAGGACCACCACCAGCUUCCGGCACCAAAGUGGACCGAACUGGCCAAUCUGAUCACCAGCUGCAUGGACUACGAGCCGUCCUUCAGGCCCACGUUUCGUGCCGUUAUCCGUGACCUCCACGGCCUCUUCACACCAGACUACGAGUUGAUCGUGGAAAGCGACAUCUUGCCAAACAGGACCGUGGUGUCGGGCUGGUCCACCGGGGGCUUUGAGAGUCAGGAGCCGGCUCAGUUUGAGGAGAGACACCUCAUAUUCCUACAGCAGCUGGGCAAGGGUAACUUUGGCAGCGUGGAGAUGUGUCGAUACGACCCGCUGACGGACAACACGGGCGAGGUUGUGGCUGUGAAGAAACUCCAGCACAGCACCGCCGAGCACAUCCGGGACUUUGAGCGGGAGAUCGAGAUCUUAAAAUCUCUGCAGCACGAGAACAUCGUCAAGUACAAAGGCGUCUGCUACAGCGCAGGACGAAGAAAUCUCCGCCUCGUCAUGGAAUACCUUCCCUUUGGAAGCCUGCGAGAUUAUCUCAUGAAAAAUAAGGAGAGGAUCGACCACAAGAACCUCUUGCGUUACACUUCACAGAUCUGCAAGGGUAUGGAGUACCUGUCGAGUAAGCGGUAUAUCCACAGAGACCUGGCAACGCGGAAUAUCCUCGUGGAGAGUGAGCUGAGGGUCAAGAUCGGAGAUUUCGGCCUCACCAAAGUCCUGCCUCAGGAUAAAGAGUACUACAUGGUCAAAGAGCCAGGAGAGAGUCCCAUAUUCUGGUAUGCCCCCGAGUCGCUGACGGAGAGCAAGUUCUCUGUGGCGUCGGACGUCUGGAGCUUUGGAGUGGUGCUUUACGAGCUCUUCGCCCACAGCGAAAAGAACUCCAGCCCACCGGCAGUGUUCAUGUCCAUGAUGGGGAACGACAAGCAAGGACAGCUGAUCGUCUAUCACCUCAUUGAGCUCCUCAAGUCGGGCAGCAGGCUGCCUCAACCUCUGGGCUGUCCCACGGAGAUACAUGAGAUCAUGGAGGAGUGCUGGGACAUCGACCCCGGCCUGCGUCCUUGUUUCAAGGAGCUCGCCCUGCGCAUAGACCUGUUCAGGGACAGUAAGGAGUUUUAGACCCAUUUAUUUAAAAAAUCACCCAAAGUGCCCCGCUCCUCUUCGACAGAGUCGCCCUGCUCGUGACGAAGGCCAAAACAAGAUCCUUCUGCUGAGCGCCAGCGUGUGGGGGGGGAAACGGCAGGUUGUGACUGAAAGAGUGGUGGUUUGAAACUAGGACAGCUCAUGAACUACUGCCACGGUGCCUUUUAAGCAAGGCACUCGACCGCUCUUUCUACAGCGGAGCGGCACAGUGGCAGCGGAACGGAAAUGGAGGCUCGGACCAACUGUUGAUGUUGGUUUGGUCUGAGAUCCUGGACGAAGCUUUAAAGAAGAGUUCCAGGAUACCGAGGAGAUAAUUGCCAGGCCCAAAGCUAGAGAUGCUCGUUUGUGUGUGUGUGUCUAUAUGAGAGUGUGUGUGUGUGUGUGUGUGUGUGUGUGUGUGUGUGUACACGUCUGUACGUGUGUAUCUAUGAGUGCGUGUGUGCGUGCACUAGGGCUGCAACAACGAAUCGAUAAAAAUCGAUUAUUAAAAUAGUUGGCAACGAAUUUCAUUAUCGAUUCGUUGUGUCGCGCGAUUAUUACGGUGCUCAAUAAAUCACGGAGUAUAAAAAAAGUUGAGUUGAGCGCAGAGCGGCGCAGGGAAACAAGAGCGCAGCGGAGGGAGAGCAGAGAGCAUAAUGCUGCGUUGUUAGAGCCAAUCAGCGCUGAGCUGCUCCUCUGUUGAUGAAUCUAAUUGGCUGCUGCUGCUCACGUGGCGCUGGAUGCGGAAGUCAUUCACGUCGUCGGAGACAUUCACGGAGCUGAGUGCGUCUCCGGGUGACGUCAUGAACCCAGACACCAGGGCGCUACAUGUCACGACGUGUGUGGCAUUUCCACAAGAGUAUAACGUAGAAAACGUGGUUAUUUAUUCCGUGGCGGAUAGCGGAAAAUAUUUUUCCAUGGAGAAAGGCAACGGAGAUAAGCCACGACGCUGUGAGCGCUGCGCUGCGCGUGCAGACAACAUUUGACGGAGCGGAACAGCGCGUGCGCUCUGAUCGCUCUUUUAAUGAAGUAUCGAGACUAAAAAUAUGCUAAAUCACAUCGUUUUUAACGUACGGGUACUUUGUUAGUAUCGAUACACCGUGCAACGUGACGGCAGCAGAUGUAGCGGACUAACAUUCAAGCUAACCUAACUUCCCAAACGCUGUGGACAUCUGAACGCUGAUUGGCCGAGACGCGACACGUCCAUCAAAGAUGUUUUAUUGCGAAGAGCAACACUUCACAUUAUUUCCGCGUCUCACUGCAAUCUCAACGGCAGCGGGCCAGGUGAACAAAAUAAUAAAUCGGAACGCGUCUCUGAUAUUGUUCAGGGUGCCGGUCCACAUGGGGACCACUGCUCAGGAGAGGAAAGCUCUGUCUGUUUGUGACGGGUUCAUCACCAUGGUGACCAGUGGAUCUCCAGGACCUUUCCAUGACUUUAAACCAAAUUUCCAUGAUUAAACAUUUUGUGAAAACUCUGUCUAUACGUGACAAAGUGAGAAGAUGUAGUAUUUAAACUAACAAUGAGAAUUCCAAAGCAUACCGUAUAUAUACCGUGUAAAGUAAAAUUUGAAUAAAACACAUUUGCAUUACUUUUCCAAAUAUUUUGGGAUUUUAUUUUUUUCAAUUACUUUUCUAGGCCUACUAAUAGCCAUUUAAAAAUUCCAUGACUUUUCCAGGUUUUCCAUGACCGUACGGACCCUGUUUUGAAAAAAGGGUUGAAAAUUAAAGUUUUUUUGUUUUUUUAUCCGAUUAAUCGAUUAAUCGAUAGAAUAAUCAACCGAUUAAUCGAUUAUCAAAAUAAUCGUUAGUUGCAGCCCUAGCGUGCACGUGUUUAUCUGUAUGACAGUGCGUGUUUACAUCUGUAUGAUUGUGUGAGGAUCUCUGAGUGUAUGUGUGUAUCUCUAUGAGUGUGUGUGUGUGUCUCCCGUGUAUCUAUGAUUGUGCGUGUGUGUAUUUCUAUGAGUGUCUGCGUGCGCGCGCAAGUGUGUAUCUGUAUGGUAGUGUAUGUAUAUCUGUAUGAUUGUGUGUGUGUAUCUCUGAGUGUGUGUGUGUGUGUAUCUGUAUGAUUGUGUGUGUUCAUAGAAACAGCUAGCAGGACUAGCUCUCGCCAUCAGCUUUUCCCCUCGCCUGAAGAGAAAUGGUCUAAUAGAGCCGAGUGUUUUCUAUGUGUGUGUGUAUUUGUGUGUAUAUACUAAAAGUAUAAUGGUGUACAUAUGUCCAGAAAAAUUUUAUAAUUUUAUAAAAUGAAAAUAUAGCAAAGUACUAUAUUUGAACUACGAGCCAGAUGUCAGUAUAAAUGAAGUAUAUACAAAGAUGAUUUUAAAAAAUCUGUUAUUGUUUUAUGUUUUUAUUGUGAGAGGUGGUGUGACAAUUAAAGAACAGUUUAAUUCAAUUAA